CCACCUUGACACUUGACCCGGUUGGCGUAAACCAACAAGCUGACGUUGCAUCUGCGCGGGCAACUGUGACCUGCAUGUCACCUCGCAAAGAGCAAAAGCUGACUGGGCGCUGUGGAAUGCCUCACAAAUAACGCUCGCCGCCCUGAGGCACCCCCGUCAUUGGUUCCAACAACAGAAGCCUUUCGAAUCUCGCCUGCAGCUCUAUCUAGGUGUCACACAAUGAGUUCCCACAUCACCAAUGCGGGGCUCGUAGCCAUGGCUGGACGUCGCCUCCAGCCAUCGGUUGCUCGCGCGGCCCCCCGCCUCAGCCCAUUCUCGCUGGCGACUGCCCAUCCUCGCGUCUGCAGAACCUCCAGGCCCUUCUGCACCUCCGUGCCGCUACGGAGCAAACACGACCAGCACCAGUCACAGCCUGUUCAGGACCGACAACAUGAAGGCGGAAACCCUGAGCUACCUUCCUUCAGCCUCAACGGUCUCGGUGCCAGCAAAGGAGUCAAGACUGCCAUCAUCAUCAUACUUGGCAUUUUCGGGACUAUGGAAACGUGGAUGUGGUGCAAGUGGGCUUGGAAUUGGUGGAAGGGAUCGGAUAGCCAGAAACAAGCUGCGCAAUGAUGAAUCGGGUAUUAUGGCUUUCGUACAUGUAUUUUCUUAGUAAAUUUGUAGACUUCUCCAACGAAGAGUUACG